GUAUUUCUGCUGGAGACAUCAUGAGGUGGAGGUUACCGGUUUGUUUUUAACGGAUCACCUUAAUCUGGAUCACCGUCUGGGUGACCUGGGCUGCCUUCACGGACUGUAAGAAAUGAGGAUUGUAAAGGCUUUCUCCUACUUCUCCUAACCCUGGACCUUUUUUGGUUUCGUUUGGAACAAAGUGUGAACAAAAGGAAAAACUGAUUUCCCAGUUAUUUUUAUUUAUUGCCUGGAGGACUCGCUCAGGGAAGAACAAUGUCUUUACGGACGGCACUGCCUGGGAACGAGCGGAACCAGGACCAUCAUGCCUCGCUGUCGGCCAGCCGCUCGGAUAAAGGUACCGGCUGGUCGAGCCGCUCGCUCGGCGCCCGCUGUCGAAACUCCAUCGCCCUGUGUUCGGACGAGCUGCCGCACAUCGGGAACUACCGGCUGCUGAAAACCAUCGGCAAGGGCAACUUCGCCAAAGUGAAGCUGGCCCGCCACAUUCUGACGGGCAGAGAGGUUGCCAUAAAGAUCAUCGAUAAAACCCAACUCAACCCAACCAGCCUUCAGAAGCUGUUUCGAGAGGUACGCAUCAUGAAAACCCUGAACCAUCCCAACAUAGUCCAGCUGUUCGAGGUGAUUGAGACGGAGAAGACUCUUUACCUCGUCAUGGAGUACGCCAGCGGAGGCGAAGUGUUCGACUACCUCGUGGCUCAUGGCAGAAUGAAAGAGAAAGAGGCCAGAGCCAAAUUCAGACAGAUUGUUUCUGCUGUUCACUACUGUCACCAGAAGAAUAUUGUUCACAGAGACCUGAAGGCGGAGAACCUGCUGCUCGACGCCGACUCCAACAUCAAAAUCGCCGACUUCGGCUUCAGCAACGAGUUCACUGAAGGCAACAAGCUGGACACCUUCUGCGGGUCGCCGCCGUACGCCGCGCCGGAGCUUUUCCAGGGGAAGAAGUACGACGGCCCAGAGGUGGACAUCUGGAGCCUGGGUGUUAUCCUGUACACGCUGGUCAGCGGGUCGCUGCCGUUCGACGGCCAGAACCUGAAGGAACUUCGGGAGCGGGUUUUACGAGGGAAGUACCGCGUUCCCUUCUACAUGUCCACAGACUGUGAGGGAAUCCUGCGCCGCUUCCUGGUCCUGAACCCCGCCAAGCGCUGCUCCCUGGAGCAAAUAAUGAAAGAUAAGUGGAUUAACGUUGGUUACGAAGGCACCGAGCUGAAACCCCACGUUGAGCCUGAGGAGGACUUCAGCGACAGCGGCCGCAUCGAUGUGAUUGUAGGGAUGGGAUUCGACAGAGAGGAGGUUCGAGAGUCUCUGGUUAAACAUAAAUACAACGAGAUCACUGCCAUGUACCUGCUGCUGGGACGCAAGACAGAGACGGACGGUGCCGAGUCUCGGUCGGCCAGCAGCCUGAGUCUCGCUCGCAUCCGCCCCAGCGCCAUCACCAACGGGAUGAGCAAACACUCCACCUCCUCUUCCUCCUCUGGCGCUCAGUCUUCCUCCUCCAGUCACAAGCCUCAGCGAAGCGCCUCCACGUACCACCGCCAGAGACGACACUCCGACUUCUGUGGUCCAGCUGCUCCGGGGUCGGCUCACCCCAAACGAAGCCCCAGCGGCGUGGGCGAGGCCGCGGUCCUCAAAGAAGAGCGGCUCUCCGUACGCAAGCCAAGCGGCUCCACCGUAGGCUCCCGUAGCAUCCCGACCCCGUCCAGUCCCAUGGUUAGCUCCGCCCACAACCCAAAUAAAGCAGAGAUCCCCGACAGACGCAAGGAGGUCAAUUCGACUGUGAAUAACAUCCCUGCCAGUGCCAUGACUCGCAGGAACACGUACGUGUGUACGGACCGAUCCGGCGCCGACAGACCAUCCCUGCUGCAAAACGGCAAAGAAAACAGCACCUUAUCCCACCGCCUGCCACCGGCCUCGCCCUCCUCCCACAGCAUCGCCGGCGCCUCCGGCGUCUCGUCCGCCACGCCGUCGUCCCGUCUCUGCAGAGGGUCCACGGUGAGGAGCACUUUCCACGGGGGUCAGAUCAGAGACCGCCGGCCUCCGUCUCACGCCCCGCCGGCGUCCCCGACGCUGUCUCACGACGCCAGCCCGCUGCCCCACGUCAGGAGCCGGGCCCCAUCCAACCUGCUCAGCAAGAUCACCUCCAAGCUGACCCGCAAGGUCACAGACCAACCUGAGAGAAUCAGCAGAUCUCCGGUCACAAGUCGCCAUCUAUCUGGGCAUCAAAAAGCGGCCGAGCCCCGGACCCCCCGAUGCGGAUGGGAUGUGAGGGUCCGGAGCCCCCAGGACCCGGCCGAGGUGGUUCUGGCCCUGCGGGAGGCGGCGCAGGGCUGCGGCUGCCAGGUCCACCUGGCCGGCCCGUUCCUCCUGUCCUGCACCCACGGCGCGGCCGGCGCCCGCGUGGCCUUUGAGGCCGAGGUCUGCCAGCUGCCCAACGGGCCAGGUCAGAGCGGCGUGAAGUUCAGGCGCCUGUGGGGGGCGCCGUUGGCCUUCAGAGACAUCGCCGCCAAGGUGUCGAAGGAGCUGGAGCUCCGAGGUGAGGCGGGUAGGUGACAGACUGACACCUCCAGAAAAACACCCGCAGCUCCCAGACUCCUCCCACUCACAGCCGGACGGACUGAAGAUGGCCCUUUGACCUCCGACCCCCGCUGACCUCACACAUACACAGCUUGAGGCCAUACAGUUGGACUUUCUUUUUUGCUCAGAUUUAACUUCAGGUUGCUGAGAAUGACGGAAAACGUCUUGUUGACAUUGUUUCUGUCGCUUGUCAUCAUUCCUUUUGAAAGAGCUGCUAUUUAAAUGUUUUUUUUAAUUAUUUUUCUGUGUAAUAAGUUCUUUUUUUUGCUUAGUGCUUUUAAAAUAGGAGGAAAUUGACGACUUUUGUCAAUAUUGGAAGCAGAUGUCACAGAGGAAACCUCCGGCCACUAGGGGGAGACAUGCAGAAAUGCAGGGACUGCCAACUGACUAAAUGGAGCGUAGUUACGUUUCCUCUGUCUGGAUACCUGCUGAAAAGUUUGCUCCACCAUUUUGUUAUGGUAAAAAGUAAGUACACCCUCCUGCAGCUAUAACGUUUACCAUAUAAGGACAUAAUGACAUUAUUUUGGACUUUCAAUUUGUCAUUAUUUAUUCAACAAAUAUGAAGCCAAGAUGAAAAAAAAGGGAGUGUCGUGGAAAAACUAAGAACACCCUGUGAUUUAUUAACCUGUAGGGCCUCCUUUGGCAACACUUUGUAGUAGAUAGUCUGGUAGACUCAGUUCUUUAUAGUUGAUUAAAUGACUAAUCCAACCCACAUCAUGAUCCCUCCACCAACGUGCUUGGCAGUAUGUAUUAAAGCAUGUAUGUGUGGUUUUCUCUAAAUAUUUCUUCUUUCAGGUGAAACAUUUUUACGUUUUAACAAUUAAAUCUUUACAUUUUUCUACUACAUUUUGGAGAUUUUUUUUUUUUUAUGUCUGCAUCGACUGCAGUUUUUUGGCAGAUCACCAAUCUUUAAAAAGCCUCAAUUUGACUUCAGAUUUUGCCUCUACCAAUUUUGUUUACCUGAAAAGUUACUAAAGAUAGUGGCAAAGUUGGAAGCAACAGCUGGGGUUUUUCAGACCUUUGCAGAAGUAGAUAAAAUGUAAGUAUUCAUAAAAAUUGGCAGCCAUCUUAAAUAUUAUGAAUGUUUAACUCUCAGUUGGGUGUGCAAAGGCAGAACAUGUUUUUCACACUGAUCUGGAUCAGUUAAUCUAUGAAAUUUGGUAACUUCCCCUUUAAUUGCAAGGGAGCUUUUAGUUUUUUCACACAAAUCUUUCCAUUGGGGUUUCAUUUAGUUUGAUAUGUGAGGUUUGAUGCAAAUAUUUUUUUAAUCUAGUAAAGAUCAAAUCACUUUAUUUUGUCCUGUUUCUUAAAACUCUGGAAUUAAAGGAGGGUGUACUUUCUUUUUACCAUAGUUGGGAAGUGAGCAAAACUGCCAAAUAAAAAAAAAUAAAAAAUAAUAAAAUAAAUUGAGCUCCUUCCCAACAAUAAGCUUCAGUCAAUGAUGGACCUGGUUUUUUACAUCAUUAUUAUUAUUAUUUACUUUUACGGCACCAAUAUAAGUCAGCAUGGAAAUAAUAAACAUAAUUUGGUUUACUUUGUGUUAUGUUGUAAAAACUAAAGAAAAUAAAUUCCUUCAUUAAUCUUUUAAAAAAUCCAACAGCUUUUUAUUCCAACUGCAAAACUAAACUCUCCCACGUCGACGUUAAACUGGUUCAGAACAAAACGGAGCAGUUGGUGCUUCCCUCACUUUGUUCGGUGUCCAGACUGUCUGGUUGUUGAUGUUUAGAGAAGAAAAGCGCCACAAAGCCAAGGAUUGCAUGAUUUAGACCCAACUGGACUUGAUCUACGUCAUCCGGUUACGUUUUGAUAUUUCUGGAAUCUUUAAAUAGAUUUAGCACUUUUUUUUCUUGGACUGAACCUUCGCCUUUACAUGCAACAACUGCGACUCUUGGCAAAAAUGUUGAAUCAUGACACAUUGAGAAUAUUUUGCAACGUAACAAAAAAACAUCUGAUAUGACCAGAGGUCGGCAGAGUACACAAAAAUUUUACUCCAGUAACAGGAGUUACUAAAAAUAAAACACUAAACUGUUUUAUUUAGUGGAAGCUAAAAAGCUAAAAAGCAUUAGCUUUUUUCAGGAAGCUAAUGGUUCCACUAAAUAAAAUGCUAUUUAGUGUUAGCUAUUUAGCGUUAGCUUCCACUAAGUAAAGUGCUCUACCAACAUUUUACUUAGUGGAAGCUAACACUAAAUACCUAUACUAACAUGCAGUGGAAGCUAAUGCUAAAUUGUUACUCCAAAUUUUACCCAAACUAAUGCCACUCAAGUAAAAAACAGAAAGUGCGGUACAGUAAAACUUCCGUUCAAAUUAUUUUUUCCCCAAAAAAGUUACUCAAAUGAAAUAUAACUGAGUAAAUUUAUGUGUAGGACAGUUGGUUAUAAUUAAUGGUUUUUCUUAAUCUGCUCUUUUUUUUUUUUUCUCCCUGGGAAAAUGAAACCAUUUUCCAUUAAUUAUAAGGUCAUUCACGUUUUUUCAUUUUGCAAACAUACUUGGGAUUUUUUUAAUAGAUUAUUAAACAUCCACCAUGAGAUGUGCUUCCAUCAUUUUUGCCAAGAGUUGUAAAUCUCAGUUGUUUCUCAGCACUACUGGUACGACUGCUCCCCCAUUGGAUUAAAGUUACAGACUGUUAACCAAUCAGAUUCCUGAUUCAAAAUGCCAAUCUCAAACAUCCAAGUCCCUGGCAUCACUUUGAUGUAACAUUUAAGAUAUAACAAAUUCUCCAUUUUGUUCUAUUUUAGGUACUUUGUUGCUCUUCUCUAAGAAAAUCUACCGAUGUUUGUAGAGUUUUCUGAUUACUGGUUUCCGUCAGCGUCUGAAAAUGUUAAGCUGUGAUUUAGAGGCUAGUUGUUCGACUUUCUGUUUGUUUAUUGCUCUGCCUCAUCGCCCCAAAAUGUUCUCAGACUAAUCCAUGCUUCAAGACCCCUGAUUACUUAAAUACAACAUACCGCCGGCUGAGACACCAGAAACGACCGACUUGCAGUCCUGCAUGUCUCCUAGGAUAUAAUGUGUGACACAAAAUAAAAACCUUCAACCUCUGA